AUCUUUUUCACUACCAGCACUAUGGUUGCAUUUUUUUUGCAUUAAAUAAAUGCAACUUCCACACCUGGUUAUACAGAGACAUAUGGAUGUAUUAUGAUACGUUUACUAUUUUAUUGUAUAUUCAUAUACGAAACAAAAAGCCUUCGCUGUAGUAUUAUACUGCAGCUAUUUUGACACUGCGUUGACAGUAGUUGUCAAACCCUAUGUUCUAAUAACAAUCAAAAGACUACUUGCUGAAUCAACCACAUUGGAAUAUUAGCAGAGAGAAUUCGGAAUGUGAGGACUCGAUUUGCGACUUAACUGAAGUCCAUAAUGUGCGAAUGCAAGUGCUGUAGUAGCUGGGGCAACUGCUGUCGGUAUACAUGCAGACUGCUUGCAGGGAUCAUCUGUGUUCCUAUUCUUCUGGUCAUCAGCUUAGUUGCCCUGCUUGUGGCUAUUAUUCUUUGUCCAUUGAAAUGUUGCAGCCCUUGCUGCGCACCUUGCCUAGAAGCGAUACAGAAGGGUCUGUUCUUCCUUUUGAAAGCGCCAUUCCUAUUGGUCAUGUGGUGCGUUGGCAAGGCAACAGAAGAUGAUGACGACGAGGAGAAACAAAAACUUCCCAAACACGCUGCCGAAUACGGCACGAGUAAGCCCGAGGAGCUGACGGCUGUUGAUCACGACAUCAGUAAGCCCGAGGAGCCUACGGCUGUUGAUAAGGAAAUCAGUAAGCUCGAGGAGCCCACGGCUGUUGAUCACGAUCAGGACUCUUGAAUUCACAAGAAACUCAGCAAAAUUGCACAAUGCACUUCUAUAUUCUGGAAUAAAUACCCACCGCAAGGAACCAAUGACAUAACGUGUAAGGGUGCAUGGAACGCAAAACCAUGCACAAAGGGCGGUCACAUAAUGACAAGUAAGCACAGGGUUUCAAAAUGUGAUAAAAAAAAAUAACAAAAACAUGUACAUGUAUUUCAAAUUGAACAAGUCACGUAAGUGUAUUAAUCUAUUCAUUUUAUGUGUUCGGAUAAAUUUUACAUGAAUGUUAAAAACAACAUCUCCCGAUCAGAAAAAAAGUUCAUCAGUGACGUUUUCUUUGGUAUAUUUCUGUUUACCCAAACAAGGAAUGCGCAAUAGAAUAUCCUUUCGAAAGCAAUAUUUUUAACAUAUAAUCGUGCAGACGAAUAUGCACAGACUAUAGACUUCGUGGCAGCACACAUCAAGAUUUUAAAUAUUUUUUUAACCAGUAUGAUAAUGUCACUCUAUUGUUAAAAUACAAUUGAUAUUCACAUUGCUCCAGGCUUAAACGUUUAAAUAAUACAAUAGUGGAACAGCUGUUGCAUUCAAAUACAUUGAUUCCGAUACCGACAACAUAAUUAUUGGUAUCGAUCCCGAGUUGAAUAUUUCACAUUUUUCUUUAGUUGAGUCAGGUUUGUAGAAUACAAGCUCUACAUGGUGCAGAAUGUUGAAGGCCUUAUGUUGAUCGCGUACAUGCAUGGGUGAUAAUUAUUGGCAAUAACUUAUUGUCAUGAGUCUGCAUGAUCCCAUAAAGAUGUGUGCUAUGUGCUAUU